AUGGUCCAAGACCACCCAGCUCAUAUACUCACCAACACCAGUGCUGGUUUGUCUAUAGUUUCAGAUUCUUUCAUCAGAGAAGUCAAAGUAUUGGUAGCCAAUACUGCUGACUACAACCUUAUCCUGGGAUUCACUGAGCUAAGGAGGCUCAAACCGACCAUACAAUGGGAUAUGGGCCAACUAGAGUUCAAGGCCCAAGUACAGGAGCGACCCCUGAGGUGGCCCCCUGAAGCAGCUGUAACUGGGGGUUUACACACAAAUUUGGCGAAAUCUGUCAUAGGAAGCAUGCUAUUACCGAAUUCAGCAAAAAAGGCUGUAACUAGCGAACUAAAACAAGAGCCUGCCAUAAGAGACAGCCUAUCGCCACGUCCGACCAUACAUGGGAAUGAGUUCGUUUUGGCAGCAAGCCUGAUACAGGCAGCUCUCGAAGACAGACCCAUUGGGGUCAUGCUCUUGGACCUCCCACCAUUGUCACUCCUGGCUUUUGGGUUUGUACCCACCAGCACUGACAAGGGUAUAGAAAUGGAAGUUGAAGUUGACAGGAAGGUGGAAGCAGAUAAGCUGCCUCACCAUACUGAACAUGAUCUUCAUCUUGAGUUGAUGGGAGACAGUAAGCUGCCCCAGGGUCCACUGUACCUCAAGGGACCCAAGGAAAUGGCCGAACUAAGGAAGUACCUGGAUGAGAACCUCGCAAAGGGGUUCAUCCACCCCUCAAAGAGCCUGGCAAGACCUCCAGUGCUCUUUGUACCCAAGAAGGAUGGAGGCCUCAGGCUAUGCAUGGACUACUGCAGUUUGAAUGAGAUCACCCCUCAAGAACUGGGCACCAUUGCCCCUCAUCGAGGAGCAGCUAUUCCUGCUUCAAAAGGCAAAGAUCUAUACUAA